GGGUGUGCGGCCGGGGGCUGAGGGGACGGCGAGCUGAGGCCCCGUGUGAGCGGGAGAAAGGGAUGGAGUGAACGGUGUGUCUGAAGGAAGGUCGGGGGAGAGGAGGCGGGGAGAGAUGGAAACCACAGUUACCAAUCCCGGGCUAUUGGCGUGCCCCGUGCCCCUCCCCCAGACCCAGCUUGGUUCUUGUGGAAACCCUCAGUGUCCUAGGACCUUAGGGGACCCUCCUAUGGUCACAAAACCUUGUCUCCGGAGGUGAGGAGGGGGCUUCUGAGGAAACAGAGGCUCCUGGUUUUCCUCCUCAGAGCUGGAGUAAUCCAAGAAAUGGAUGAGCAGAGGCCCCUGGUCCCAACCCUGGCUCUGCCUUCAGACAGACCGUGAUAACUCUGUGUGACCUUGGGCAAGUCACUACCUUUCUUUGGGCCUUGGAUUUUCCAUUGACUUUUGAAAAGGAAAAUGGGCGAUGUGAUAUACUGAGCCUCCAUCAGUUCCGAGAGAGGGCGGGAUUUGAGGAGGGAAUUUAGGCGAAUGGGUACUGGGAUGAGGGAAGCAUGAAGUUGGAGAGGAGAAGACCUUCGGCUGGACCGGGAUUUGUGGCUCAGAGAUUUAGAGCUUGCAAGGCCGGGUCCUGGCCUGCCUGGGCCUUGGGAAUCCUCUUGGGAGGAUUGGGAGAGCUCUGAAAAUAGAGGAAGUGGAAUCCUGGUUCAGAAAGAUGAGAGCCAGAAGUAACAAGUUCAAGAGAGUGAAGAGGUGAUAGGGAAGCUAGAACGAUCUCCAGGCUCUUUGGGGGAGCAGGAGAAAUGCUAGGGUACUCUCUCACACCAGCGUGGCUAGGAAGUGGGUGGGGGAGGGGCCGGUCCUGUUCGGGCUGGCAGGUCAGUGGAGACUAGGGGUGAUUGGGCUCAGCGCUGUGCUCUGCAGUGCUGGACACCGAAAGAACGAGGGCCUUGGUAACGUCGGCAAGGGCUUUGCUGCUGAGCCACACUCCCAACGCUAUUGUUUUUGAUGAUGGUCACCUCUUUCUGAGAAAUCUACCUCCUGGCCUUCAUUUUCUACCAUUUCCUUCAGUGCGUGAGAGUAAAGCAGCUGAGGCCUACCUAGGGUCACCAGGCUCAGGAUUGCGCGAGGAUUGGGAUAAGAAGAAUGGAGUCUAGGCUAAGAAAUGUCAUCCGUGGCACGGUCCUCCUUUCUGGGAGGCAGCUUUAACGGGGUCAGACUGCCGGGAUUCCAAACCGGCCUCUGCCAUUUAAUCUCUUAGCACCAUGGCCAAGCAAGUAGCCUGUGACAGCCUCAGCUUCUUUAUAAAGUGGGGAUAACUUAUAAAAUGGUUGUAAGGAUUAAAUGACGGUUUGGUGUGAUUCUGGCUCAUAAUAUGCACCCAGUAAACAUUACCUGUUAGCUGUUACUUCUGUUCUUUUCCCUCUGUUUCUCUAUUUUUGUCUUUUUUUUUUUUCUUCUGAAAGCUCAGUUCUGAGGUGCCCCUUAGAUUUGAAGGCUUAGAAUUGGUUACGUUUUGUGUCAGGAUGUUCCCUUUGGCUGAGGAGAUGGCCGAGUGUCUCCUCACUGUCUCUCCCCAGAGAAGACUGACAGGUCUGCUUCUCUUUCAGCUUCCUUUCUUCUGUCCUUUGGCACUGGUCAUUUCAGAGUUCAUUAGAAGUAAAGAGUCCUAGAGUUGUAUUGGUAUUACAGCAGGUGGGGGGCAGGAAAGAAAGGACACGGCACAGGGGAAGCCUGGGGAAGGGAAGUCUCGGAAGUUCCAUUUACAGUCACCCCAUUGCUCUGUCACCCCAUUGCUCUGUCUUCCCCGGGUAGUGGCUGAAAUAAGCCUGUGUCUCCAUCCAGAAGUCUCCAUCCUCGUAUUCACAUGCAGUUCCUAUAGAGUUAGCUUUCUCUCAUGUAACUUUUCCCAUAUGAGGAUUUGAUGCCAGCUGCCUUCCACCAAGUCGGUUCCCGAUUCUGGUCCCCGGCCCCCAGCAGCGCCUGCCCCCUUCCCACCGGGGCCCCCCAUGAUGCCACCACCCUUCAUGCCCCCUCCAGGGAUCCCACCUCCUUUUCCUCCGAUGGGGCUCCCCCCUAUGAGUCAGAGACCACCAGCCAUUCCCCCCAUGCCACCUGGCAUACUACCCCCAAUGCUUCCACCAAUGGGGGCGCCACCACCACUUACCCAGAUACCGGGAAUGGUACCUCCAAUGAUGCCAGGGAUGCUGAUGCCAGCGGUGCCCGUCACUGCAGCGACGGCUCCGGGUGCGGACACCGCCAGCUCUGCUGUGGCUGGGACAGGCCCUCCGAGGGCCUUAUGGAGCGAGCAUGUGGCCCCUGAUGGGCGUGUCUACUACUACAAUGCUGACGACAAGCAGUCCGUGUGGGAGAAGCCCCGCGUGCUCCAGUCCAAGGCAGAGCUGCUCCUGUCCCAGUGUCCCUGGAAAGAAUACAAAUCAGACACAGGAAAGCCUUACUACUACAACAACCAGAGUCAGGAGUCCCGUUGGACCCGGCCCAAGGACCUGGAUGACCUGGAAGCCCUAGUCAAACAAGAGUCUGCAGGAAAACAGCAGACCCAGCAGCCACAGACACUGCAGCCACAGCCACCUCAGCCACAACCUGACCCUCCACCUAUACCUCCGGGUCCCAUCCCAGUGCCCAUGGCCCUCCUGGAACCUGAGCCAGGGCGAAGUGAAGAUUGUGAUGUGUUGGAGGCUGCCCAACCCCUGGAGCAGGGGUUCCUACAGCGGGAAGAGGGCCCCAGCAGUUCUACUGGGCAGCAUCGGCUACCACAGGAAGAGGAGGAAGCUAAGCCAGAACCAGAGAGAUCUAGCCUCAGUUGGAGCAACCGGGAGAAGGCAAAGCAGGCAUUCAAAGAGCUGCUAAGGGACAAGGCUGUCCCUUCCAACGCUUCGUGGGAACAGGCUAUGAAGAUGGUAGUCACUGACCCCCGUUACAGUGCCUUGCCCAAACUGAGCGAGAAGAAGCAGGCGUUUAAUGCUUACAAGGCACAGCGGGAGAAAGAGGAGAAAGAAGAGGCCCGGCUGAGGGCCAAGGAGGCCAAGCAGACCCUGCAGCACUUCCUGGAGCAGCAUGAACGCAUGACCUCUACUACCCGCUACCGGCGGGCGGAACAGACCUUUGGGGACCUGGAGGUCUGGGCUGUGGUCCCUGAGAGGGAUCGAAAAGAAGUUUAUGAUGAUGUCCUCUUCUUCCUGGCCAAGAAGGAGAAGGAGCAAGCCAAGCAGCUCCGGCGCCGAAAUAUCCAGGCCUUGAAAAGCAUCCUGGAUGGGAUGAGUAGUGUCAACUUCCAGACCACGUGGUCCCAGGCUCAGCAGUACCUCAUGGAUAACCCCAGCUUUGCUCAGGACCAGCAGCUGCAGAACAUGGAUAAGGAAGAUGCACUGAUCUGCUUUGAGGAGCAUAUCCGAGCUUUGGAGAGAGAGGAGGAAGAAGAGCGGGAACGGGCCCGGCUUCGGGAGCGGCGCCAGCAACGGAAGAACCGGGAGGCAUUUCAGACCUUCUUGGACGAGCUGCAUGAGACAGGGCAGCUGCAUUCCAUGUCCACCUGGAUGGAGCUGUACCCAGCAGUCAGCACUGAUGUCCGCUUUGCCAACAUGCUGGGCCAGCCGGGCUCUACUCCUCUGGACUUGUUCAAGUUCUAUGUGGAGGAGUUGAAGGCUCGAUUUCAUGAUGAGAAGAAGAUCAUAAAGGACAUUCUUAAGGACCGGGGCUUCUGUGUGGAGGUGAACACAGCCUUUGAGGACUUCGCCCACGUCAUAAGCUUUGACAAGAGGGCUGCUGCGCUGGACGCAGGCAACAUCAAGCUGACCUUCAAUAGUCUGCUGGAGAAAGCAGAGGCACGGGAGAGGGAACGGGAAAAGGAGGAGGCCCGAAGGAUGCGGCGCAGAGAGGCUGCCUUUCGAAGCAUGCUGAGGCAGGCCGUGCCUGCUCUGGAGCUGGGCACUGCCUGGGAAGAGGUCCGUGAGCGCUUUGUGUGCGACUCAGCCUUUGAGCAGAUCACCCUGGAGUCGGAGCGGAUCCGGCUCUUUCGGGAGUUCCUGCAGGUGCUGGAGCAGACUGAAUGCCAGCACCUCCACACCAAAGGCCGAAAGCAUGGCAGGAAGGGAAAGAAACACCAUCGCAAGCGUUCUCACUCACCCUCAGUGAGUCAGCAGGGCUCUGAGUCCGAUGAAGAGGAGCUGCCCCCACCAUCCCUCCGGCCCCCCAAGCGGAGGCGACGGAACCCCUCAGAGUCUGGCUCUGAGCCCUCAUCCUCACUUGACUCGGUUGAAAGUGGGGGUGCUGCCCUUGGAGGACCAGGCUCCCCAUCCUCCCACCUUCUCUUUGGGUCAGAUCACGGUCUUCGGAAAGUCAAGAAACCAAAAAAGAAAACUAAGAAAAGAAGACACAAGUCGAACAGUCCCAACAGUGAGACAGACCCUGAAGAGAAAGCUGGCAAGGAGAGUGAAGAUAAAGAGCAAGAGCAGGAUAAGGACAGGGAGCUCCGGCAGGCGGAACUCCCUAACCGCUCCCCAGGCUUCGGGAUCAAGAAGGAGAAGACAGGCUGGGACACAUCCGAAAGCGAGCUGAGUGAGGGGGAGCUGGAGAGGCGAAGGCGGACACUCCUACAGCAGCUGGACGACCACCAAUGACCCCACGAGCUACGCUUUGCCUUGGGACUUCGUGAGGCAGGGGCUCCAGGGUCCUCACCAUCUGCCUCAGACUCUUCGUCUGUCUGGUCUGUGUCCACUUUUCCUAAAGCAACCCACCCAAAACACUGCUGUUAGCACCUCGCAAGGCUGCUCUCGGUGUUCAAGGGUCCCCUAGUUCUCAGACAACUAGUGCAGUCCUGCCCUCAGCCCCAGCCCAGCGAUGGGCAGUCCAUACCACAUGGGGUGGGUGAUGCCAGUAGGUAAAGUGUGAGAGGGGGGUCUCCAGGAAAGAGACAGGCUGGUGGACACAGCCUGGGAGGCAGAGGGCAGGGUCCUCACCCUUUAGCAUCAGUGCCUGCUCUUGCCUGGCCUGGCCCUGGGGCUCCACCAUUGCUUCCUCUGUCCCUGGGCCCUGAUGUAUGUGUUCUGUUUUUGUUUUUUAAAUAAUAUUUAUAACAUGAUCUACAA